CAGCUGAAGAAAUCCCUAUAAAGCAAGGCAGCAGAGUGGAGAAAGGCUUUCUCAUCUUGUUGGGUUACACAGAGAGAAUUUCCCCACAAUGGCCUUCAACGGACAUUAUGAACUACAGAGCCAGGAGAAUUUUGCACCGUUUAUGAAAGCUAUUGGACUCUCAGACGAUUUGAUUGAAAAAGGGAAGGACAGAAAAAGCACUUCAGAAAUUGUCGAAACUGGAGACCACUUUAAAAUCACCGUCACAACGGGCAGUCAAGUGCUGGUUAAUGAGUUUACAAUUGGAAAGGAGACUGAAAUAGAAUCUCCCACAGGAGAAAAAAUUAAGGCCGUAAUUAACCGUGAUGGGAAAAAUAAACUUAUCGCCAAGAUACAAAACAUUACCUCAGUUACAGAGAUCAUUGGAGACCAACUAACAAAUACCAUGACUAUUGGAGAUAUCUUCUACAAAAGAAUCAGCAAGAGGAUCAGCUGAGGCCAUUGCAGGACACCAUGUAGCAAAUUGUAUCACAUUGUAUAGUAUUACAAUAAAACCUGUGUUCCUGUCUGA